UCUACCCAUCCACUUCGACGCCUCUUUAAACUCGGGGUCUACCCCAACUCUUCUUCCACUUGAGCUUUGGAUCCGGAUUAUGAACUUCAAGAACGACUAUUCUCAUUGGCCCGCCGGACAGGAGCACAUCAACCGCUGACCUGUUCUUCUUGACUCUAUUCCAUCAACACCACUUGCGAAGACUGCAUCAAGCAUUGUUUCGCACCAAACCACUUGUCUCGGAAGCCUGCUUCUUCUGUGUGCACCGCAGAGGCAGCAGCAUACCGCACCAACUCGACGGCAUCUAGAGCCGAGUCCGACCCCGCAGUCGGGAUUUUCUACCAUGAUGGAUCAGUCCAUGGUUCUGCUGAACGCUCAGGUUCAAUUUCUGGAAACCAAACUAGCAAUCGUGCACAUACCACUACAUCUAUAUUCUCACUUCAUACAGCCUAUACUGCGUCUCCUGACGCUUUCAGACAGCACAGACGAGGUAGACGGAUUGCCACGUAGGAAGUGGGCAUACCCAAACGCCUUUACCAACAUCUCGGUUACGACCAUUGAGUGUUCAGUCGUCUGUCCACGUCCACUUGUCGACGACCUGUUCCGACCUCUAAUAGAGAGGCUGGAUGCAAAAGCAAAGCAAGCUGUUAUCAUCAGCAACGAUGACUUUGUCGUGAUACAAGUCGGAGGCGAAGGCAUGGAAGCCGGACAACGAGUGCUGGACUUGACUGCACCACUUGCGCUUGCUGGAAUUUCGAUCUUCUUCAUCACAAGCUACUACAGCGACUUCGUGCUCGUCCCUUACAACUCAAAGUCGACCGUCAUUUCCGCACUGGAAGAACGCGGUUUCGCCUUUGAACCCGUGUCUAACGGACAUGGCGCAAACAUGACCAACGUCUCCUCACCCCUCCACUCACAUAACCGCAACAGCAGCAGUUCCUCCUCCCUCGACCUGCAACCCCCAGGCACACCCCCACCAGCCACAGUCGCAGAAUGGCAAACAAAGACCUUCUCCACACUCCACCGGAACGACAUCUUACCUCUGGUGGACGAGGGCUUGGAGCUACGCACGUGUGCCGGCUACCGCAGCGACAGUCCAGACAUCCACGACGCGAUCCAACUAGGCAUCUUCAAAUGCCUCCUCACAAACCCUCGCUUCAUGUCCAUCACCCUCACCCAAACCGACACUGUAUCCCUCACCCUCGACCAGUCUCUCUUGUGCAACUUCCCCUCCAAAGGCGAAGGCAUACUUCUCCAAAACGACCAAACUUACUUUGCUAUUGUGUUUGACUUACGCAAGCUUCCGGAAGAGAGUACGGGUAUAAUUUGUGGUGUUGCGGGCAGACUGCUGGAGAGGCUAGGAGACGAAGGACAAGGGGAGGGCGCGUUCAAUAUGAGUUAUUUGUCCACCGCGAGGACGGGUAAUGUGAUUGUCAGGGAGGACGAGGUUGGGGAAGCAUUGGAGGCGCUUUUGGAGGAAGAAGCUUUGAGUGUUGAUAAUUUGGAUGGUGGGCAUUGAAAGGAGAGAAAGGAGAAAGAAUGUUGCGUGAGUGUUUGAGUGGUAGUAAAAACGAAAAAGUUCUUGUGUUUUCCGGCUUCGCUUUUCUUGUCUGUUUACUUUCUUACAUUGUCGAAGCUUGCUCUGGCUUUUUUGGAUUGGAGGCACUGUUCAGCAUCUCAUCUCGGCUGCAUAUCAUGCAUUAGACAAUAUAUCAUUUCGGGCUCUUGUCUUCUAUAUCCGAUACCUUCACAGUCUGCCAUCUUCAUGUCUAGUGAGCUUCCUUCAUCGUAGAAUGACCAGCUUUGCUUCUUCAAAUGACACUGUCUCUCUCGUAGAUGUUGGUAUGGAUGUCAGUG